CGUAGGUUUGCCCAAAAUGGCAGCCCUGGAGGAGGAAUUCACGUUGUCUGCAGUACACCUGAGUGCCGGGCCUGACGGACUCCUAGGGGUGGAGCAGAGCCACAAAACAGACCAGUUUCUAGUGACGGACAGCAGCAGGACCGUCAUCCUCUAUAAGGUUUCUGAUCAGAAACCCCUGGGGAGCUGGUCAGUGAAACAAGGUCAAGUUAUAACAUGUCCAGCUGUGUGCAACUUUCAGACUGGAGAGUAUAUUGUUGUACACGAUAAUAAGGUUUUGAGAAUAUGGAAUAAUGAAGAUGUAAACCUGGAUAAAGUAUUUAAAGCUACAUUGUCUGCUGAAGUCUAUAGGAUACAUUCAAUACAAGGGACAGAACCCUUAGUACUAUUUAAGGAAGGUGCUGUUCGUGGUCUAGAGGCCCUCCUUGCAGAACCCCAGCAGAAAAUUGAAACCGUUAUCUCAGAUGAAGAAGUGAUUAAGUGGACAAAGCUUUUCAUGGUAUAUAGGCAUCCUGUUUUAAUUUAUAUUACUGAAAAACAUGGAGCUUAUUUUGCUUAUGUACAAACAUUUAACUCGAGUGUCUUAAGCAAAUACACACUCUUACAUGAACAAGAAGAAAAAUCCGUUAUACAGAGUUUUACUGCAUCUGUGGAUCGGAAAGUCAUUUCUUUGAUGUCAUUAAGCUCUGAUGGGUGUGUAUAUGAAACCUUGAUACCAGUACAUCCAGGUAACCAAGAAAAAAGCCGGAAGAUAGUUAGGUCACUCUUGCUCAAGGACACAGUGUCCGGGAGUACUCAAAAUGGUGCCGCACUCGCCGUCCUGGACCGGGAUCACGUGGCCGUCCUGGGCCCGCCACUACCAGCUGCCAAGGACCGCCUUUCCAUAUGGAACACAAAAUUUCAAACUCUGCAGACUUCAAAAGACUUACCACAAGGCACCAGCCGGCAAGUCUGGUAUUAUGGGGAAAAUUUGUUUAUUUUACAUGGAAAAUUUCUAGUUGUGAUACCUUACAAGUGUGAAGUAUCAUCAUUAGCAGGUGCUCUUGGGAAACUGAAGUAUAGUCAAGAUCCAGGCACUCACGCCAUGUCUCAUUUUGUAAACUGGGAAGCAUCUCAAGGAUUCGGAGCUGGAUCCCAGGACUCAGAGCAAUCCAAGAGAAUUUUAAGGAGAAGAAAAGUUGAAAUGAGUACACAGUCAGAGGUUCCAGUGUCUACACAACUUUUAUCAACCAUAAAGAAAGAUAAUGAAAAGCACAUUGAAGUAGAACUACGUAAAUUUUUGGCUGCUAAACGGACCCCUGAAUUUUAUACUACUGUCGGGGAUGUGGUAAUAGGACUAGUGGAAAGAUGCAAAGCAGAACCAUCCUUUUAUCCCCGGAACUCUGUGAUGCAGCUUAUCCAGACACAUGGGCUUUCUUACAGCUUGUGCCCUGGCCUAAUGGAGGUUGCCUUAGAAAAGACAGAUGUGCAGGUGCUCCAACUCUGUCUCCAGCAGUUUCCCGACAUUCCUGAAUCAGCCACGUGUGCUUGCUUGAAACUUUUCUUGAGUGUCAGUGAUGAUAGUCUUCAAGAAGCAGAUGUCAGUAUGGACUCCGUGUCUGACUGCAGUGAUGCUGUGCAUGAUGAGACGAUGGAGCAGCAACCUGGAAUUCUUCAAAAUGGUUUCAGGCCGGAAGACAGCAACUGUAACAACUGUGAAAAGCAUCAGGACACAGGAGAUGAGGCCACCUCAUGCCCUGUCACACCGAAAAGAGCAGCUCUCCUAAAUGUAAUUCUUCGUGCCGCAUAUAGUGAGGCAUUUCUUCUGCCUCACUUGAAAGACAUCCCAGCACAACACGUCACUCUAUUUCUCCAGUAUUUGUAUUUCCUUUAUCUGAAAUGCAAUGAAAAUGCUACUAUGACUCUCCCUGGAAUACAUCCUCCAACCCUCAAUCAGAUCAUGGAUUGGAUAUGCCUACUUCUAGAUGCUAAUUUUACUGUUGUGGUGAUGAUACCAGAAGCAAAAAGGCUACUCUUAAAUCUUUACAAAUUUGUGAAAUCCCAGAUUUGCAUUUGUUCCGAACUCAACAAGAUUGAAGUAAGUUUCCGAGAACUACAGAAAUUAAAUCAAGAGAAGAACAAUAGAGAAUUAUAUUCCAUUGAAGUGCUGGAACUCUUCUGAAACUACUAAUUCUCCUUCACAGAUGUUUUAUGAAGCUCUUUUAUGUGAAUUCUUACUACUCAUGCAGUCAAGAGACAGGUUUGGGUUAUGACUGUCUCGGUCUCAUGAGAAAUGAGUGUCAGCCAGUCCCUGGCCGUCCUUCCUGGCACCUGUAGGCCGGACUGCAGGUUCCCCGGGGCCUUCCCUGGGGUGUGGACAUUGGUGGGGACAGGUUCCAAACUUUUUUAAAUAUGUAACAGAGUUAAUUUUAAGUAAACUUAUU